AUGAUGCUCCCAAAAGUGUUCAAAGAGAUCAACCAGAAUCCCAGUCUCUUACCCAACAUCUCCCUGGGCUACAGCAUCCAUGACAACUAUUUUGAUGAAACGAUGACUUCGGAUGCCUUGCUGGACCUGCUCUCUCCUGGGUGGGCGGAUGUUCCCAACUACAAGUGUGGAAGACAGAAUCACCCCUUGGCUGUUAUUGAAGGCUCUGACACAGACAUCUCCAUCCAAAUAGCAAGCAUGUUGGGCCUCUACAAAAUCUCACAGGAUGCCUUGUCAGUGAAAGGCCGGACAAGAUGCACAGAGAAAGAGACGUUGGGGGCUCUGACCCAGGAGGAUGUGGAGAGAACCCUGUCUCUAGACAGCCACAUCAUUUACAACACCAUCUGGGCUGUGGCCCAUGCCUUACAUGCCGCUCUUUCAUCCAGGUCCAAGAGGAGGCUGGUGGAGGGUGGAGACAGGAUGGACCUUCAGCGGCUUCAGCCAUGGCAGCUUCACCCUUUCCUGAGAAGCCCCCAGUUUUACAAUUAUUCCAUCAUGGAUGGAGUGUAUUUGGACAAGAAUGGAGAGAUGGUGGUCAACUUUGACAUGGUCAACUGGAUGCUCUUUCCCAAUAAGUCUGUGCUCAGACUCAAAUUUGGGAGUUUGGAAAGACGGGGGUCUGCUGACAUCAAGUUCACCAUCGACUGGAAUACCACUGUGUGGCCCACAUGGCUCAACCAGACCCUGCCUCAAUCCAGGUGUGUGGAAAGCUGUCGCCCAGGAUUCAAGAAGGUGGUCCAGGAAGGAAGGCCCGUUUGCUGCUAUGGCUGUGAUCCCUGUGCAGAAGGGACCAUCUCCACCCGGGAAGAUGCAGCCCUUUGCACCAAGUGUCCAGAAGACCAGCAUCCAAACAAGGACCGACAUCACUGUAUCCCAAAGGAAAUGACCUUCCUGUCCUAUGAAGAAUAUCUGGGGAUCAUCCUAGCAUCCCUUGCCCUCUUCCUGUCCUUCAGCACAGGUUUGGUGUUAGGAAUCUUCAUUCAAUUCCUAGAAACUCCAAUAGUCAAAGCUAACAACCGGGACCUCUCCUUCAUCCUCCUCAUCUCCCUCCUGUUUUCCUUCCUGUCCUCCUUCCUGUUCAUCGGCCGGCCAAGGAAAUUGACCUGCCUCCUCCGACAAAUGGCCUUCAGCGUCAUCUUCUCAGUGGCCGUCUCUUCUCUGUUGUCAAAAACAAUCACUGUAGUCUUGGCCUUCUUGGCCACAAAGCCAGGAAACAAGGUGAGGAAAUGCCUGGGAAAGACUUUAGCCAACACUGUGGUCAUUUCUUGCUCCAGUGUCCAAAUGUUUAUCUGCACCAUCUGGCUGAGCAUCUCUCCCCCAUUCCCUGACUCUGACAUGCACUCCCAGCCUGGACAGAUUGUCCUCCAGUGCAACGAAGGGUCUGUCACCAUGUUCUAUAUUGCCCUUGGCUACAUGGGCUUCCUGGCUGCCAUCUGCUUCACAGUGGCUUUCCUGGCUAGGAAGCUGCCUGGGUCCUUCAACGAAGCCAAGCUGAUCACCUUCAGCAUGCUGGUCUUCUGCAGCGUUUGGGUGUCCUUUGUGCCCACCUACCUGAGCACCAAGGGGAAAUACAUGGUGGCCGUGCAGGUCUUCUCCAUCUUGGCCUCCAGUGCUGGGCUCCUGGGCUGCAUCUUUCUUCCCAAAUGCUACAUCAUUAUACUGAGGCCUGAUCUAAAUACGAAGGAGCAGCUAACAACAAAAACUAAAGAUGGCCUCUGA